CCGCGUGUUUACAGACAUCCGGGGGGAAAACAUGGACGACUCCACUGGCAGUAAUCCCCAAUCUCACGGAUUCACAGACAAACUGAAGUCUUGGCUCUCCUGGUCGUGGACGUACGUGUGCUUCGUGUGGUUCGGCAUGGUCCUCAUCAUGAUAUACGUCCUGUGGAGCCCGCUUAAGCUGCAGGAAAGCCUGACUUCUGCAUCACUCUUUUUGAACACACUGACUCCCAAAUUCUACGUGGCUCUCACUGGGACGUCUUCCCUCAUCUCUGGACUCAUUCUUAUAUUUGAGUGGUGGUACUUCCGGAAGUACGGGACUUCCUUCAUAGAGCAAGUGUCAGUCAGCCACCUGCGCCCCCUGUUGGGUGGAGUGGAGAGCACAUCUACCACGGGUCUCUUUUCCUCAGUCAACGGGGAGGCGGAGCCUAGACCCAGUGUGUCAGAGUGUAAAGUCUGGAGGAAUCCGUUGAAUCUGUUCAGAGGUGCAGAAUACAACAGGUACACGUGGGUGACCGGGAAGGAACCACUGACGUACUACGACAUGAACCUGUCUGCUCAAGACCAUCAGACCUUUUUCACAGGAGACACUCAGCAGUUAAGGCCAGAAGAUUCAGUCAUGCAGAAGGCCUGGAGGGAGAGAAAUCCUCAAGCCAGGAUUAGGGCCGCUUACCAGGCCAUAGAGAUGAACCAUGAAUGUGCUGCAGCCUAUGUGCUUCUCGCAGAGGAAGAGGCUACAACGAUCACAGAAGCCGAGCGCCUCUUCAAAAAAGCUUUAGCUAUUGCAGGCAAAGAUAUCAACUUACUGGUUUACAUUAAACGCAGACUGGCCAUGUGUGCACGCAAGCUGGGACGCAUUAAAGAGGCAGUGAAAAUGAUGCGAGACUUAAUGAAGGAGUUCCCUUUGCUCGGGAUGUUAAAUAUACAUGAAAACCUCCUGGAGGCGCUCCUAGAGCUUCAAGCAUACGCUGACGUGCAGGCUGUCCUCGCCAAAUACGACGACAUCAGCCUUCCAAAAUCAGCCACGAUAUGCUACACUUCCGCACUCUUGAAAGCGCGGGCCGUGUCCGAUAAGUUUUCCCCGGAGGCGGCGUCCAGGCGGGGUCUCAGUACAGCAGAGAUGAACGCCGUGGAGGCCAUUCACAGAGCCGUGGAGUUCAAUCCGCACGUGCCAAAGUACUUGUUAGAGAUGAAGAGCUUGAUCCUGCCUCCUGAACACAUCUUGAAGCGGGGCGACAGCGAGGCCGUGGCGUACGCUUUCUUCCACCUGCAGCACUGGAAGAGGGCCGAAGGAGCCUUAAACCUUCUCCACUGUACAUGGGAGGGCACCUUCCGGAUAAUCCCUUACCCACUAGAGAAGGGUCACCUGUUCUACCCUUACCCAGGAUGCACAGAAACAGCAGAUCGAGAGCUGCUACCAUCUUUCCACGAGGUGUCGGUGUACCCAAAGAAAGAGCUUCCUUUCUUCAUCCUCUUCACCGCAGGCCUUUGCUCUUUCACCGCCAUGCUGGCCAUGCUCACACAUCAGUUCCCAGAGCUCAUGGGUGUCUUCGCCAAAGCGUUUUUCAGCACACUCUUCGCACCGCUGGGCUUUUUCGCAGACAAGAUGGAAAGCUUCAUGCCGUCCAGUUUCUGGCACCAACUGACUCGGAUCUGACCCCAACACACACACACCAACACACACACACACACACUUACACGCGUGUGGAGCUCUUCUGUCCUCAGCAUUACUGUCUGCGUGCUGCAUUGUUACUGAUUACAUUGGCUCGAGUCGUAUCAACACAGCAGCAGUACCACUCUUAGAAAGACGCCUGUCCUCUUUCCAGCUGCCCAAAAAAGUCCGUUAGUGAAUAUGCAGCAUCCUCAUGUGUUUGUCACGAGGAAAGGAAGGCUUCAGAUUGUCCACGUGUUUGUGAUUUUGGGACAAAACAAACCUUUUGCUCUGGCUGGUCGUGCCUAAUAGAGCAGUUUAUCAAAAAAAGUACCACAUCAGAAAAAAACUUGGCUCUGUAAGUACCAUCGUAAUGACCAACAUUGAAAUACAGUAGCUUAGUAGACCUAAGUAUUCAUGAAAAACAAGGCAAAUGUUUUAUUUAACAAGUAAUACAGUGGGGCAAAAAAGUAUUUACUCAGCCACCAUUUGUGCAAGUUCUCCCACUUAAAAUGAUGACAGAGGUCUGUGAUUUUCAUCAUAGGUACACUUCAACUGUGAGAGACAGAAUGUGGAAAAAAAUCCAGGAAUUCACAUUGUGGGAAUUUUAAAGAAUUUAUUUGUAAAUUAUGGUGGAAAAUAAGUAUUUGGUCAAACAUUCAAAGCUCUCACUGAUCUCACGAUACAUGGCCCCAUUUAUUCUUUCCUUAACAUGAAUCAAUCGUCCUGUCCCCUUUGCAGAAAAACAGCCCCAAAGCAUGAUGUUUCCACCCCCGUGCUUCACAGUAGGUGUGGUGUUCUUGGGAUGCAACUCAGUAUUCUUCUUCUUUCAAACACGACGAGUUGAGUUUAUACCAAAAUGGAUACAUGGAUGAUACAGCAGAGGAUUGGGAGAAUGUCAUGUGGUCAGAUGAAACCAAAAUAGAACUUUUUGGUAUAAACUCAACUCGUCGUGUUUGGAGGAAGAAGAAUACUGAGUUGCAUCCCAAGAACACCAUACCUACUGUGAAGCAUGGGGGUGGAAACAUCAUGCUUUGGGGCUGUUUUUCUGCUAAGGGGACAGGAGGAUUGAUCCGUGUUUAGGAAAGAAUGAAUGGGGCCAUGUAUCGUGAGAUUUUGAGCCAAAACCUCCUUCCAUCAGUGAGAGCUUUGAAUGGUUGACCAAAUACUUAUUUUCCACCAUAAUUUACAAAUAAAUUCUUUAAAAUUCCUACAAUGUGAAUUCCUGGAUUUUUUUUCUACAUUCUGUCUCUCACAGUUGAAGUGUACCUAUGAUGGAAAUUACAGACCUCUGUCAUCAUUUUAAGUGGGAGAACUUGCACAAUCGGUGGCUGACUAAAUACUUUUUCGCCCCAAUGUAUUUGUGGCCUCUGUAACAAUACACACGGUAUGAACAGUAACACUGUGUUUGAAUAUUGGAAAUGCUUUAAUGAAGUGAUUAUUUGGCGUACCACAGUUUGAGAAUGACUGUAUUGCAACGUGAUGUGCUCGUGACAAUGCAGAAAUAUUCAAUUCAUCACACACGCGUCCAAGAACGUGCGUUAACCACUUCAUACAUGAUUGCUUAAAAUGAUUAAGUGCCUUUUUAUUCUCAUCCUAACUUUGGCAUUUACCCAUUUUUCGGAUUCUAAUUGAUUGUACUUAACUCAAUAUCAGUGGUGAACGACGCUACCGGCAGACAAAAAAACACAACGGUCUACCGUAAUGUGUUGUUAUGGUCCACAGUUUAAAUUUGAUGGUAUGAAAUAUGCAAAUAAAUAACACAGAGUACAUGCUGAAGACAGGAGACUGGGCCAACUGGCAUGUUUGAAAGCGCUCGGGGAAAAAAAUAGACAAUAAAAUGACUCCUGUGAAAGUCCA